AUGAUGGCACCAUCCCUUUCAAAUUCAAAGUCCUCUCCUUCAUUUUAUAAGGACGAGAAUAACAAUGUUGUUGUUGAUGAUGAUGAUAAUAACGAUAUUGUUGAUCAACAGCAGUUGACGGCAGAUGGAGGUGAUUUGGAGGUUGGCGGUGGUGUUGGCAUGGGAGAGUUGGGCGAUUUGAGCGAGUUGUUGAUUCCCUCGUUGAAUAUACCACAGCUACUCGAUGGACUGAACGAAAUCGAGGGACAACCUCAAUAUUGUUUGUCGAGCAGCAAUAGCAGCGCGUCAAGCGCCACCAUGUCGGUGCACAGCAACAACAGCAACAACAGCUCGAAUAACAGUUUCCUCAAGGGUAGCGGUUCCGCACCAAGGAGUCUGGGCUAUCAGAUAUAUCGAACAUUCCCAUACCGCGGAAGUCUACCACAACCAUUACAACAGAUUAUCAACGCACUCGGUGAACAAACAACAACUACCACCACAACUUCAAACGACAACAACAACAACAACAACAAUAUAGAUGGCUCAAAAAGCGAAGAGUCUACAACUGGCGAAUUACAACAACAAUCACAGCAACAGGAAAAGAAGAAACCAUGUUCGACAAAUGGACUGCGACACAGUCGUCAAUAUAAAGCAUUGUUCCAACAACAGAACAACAAUGGUAGCAACAACAACAGCGGAAUCAAUGAUAAAGACAAUGACGAUAUAAAGAAACAACUUCAUUUAAAUCUAAAUUUGAAUCUUUCAGGAAUCAACAACAACAGCAACAACAAUAGUAAUAAUAAUAGUAACCCUGAAAUCAAUAUAGAAAGUAGUAGUAAUAUAGUAGAUAGUAAUAAUAAGGAACUUGGUGAAUCAAGUGGUGUCAGUGGAGUAUCGAAUGUCGAUGUUAUAGUAUCACAAGAACCAUCGUUUUUGGAUUCAUCAUUCUUCCAACCACCUCCAAUGUUGUCACCACGUCUACAGCAAUUGGAGAAAGAAUUGAGCGACGCCGAACAAAGCACUCAAAACGCUGAUGGUGAAAACGACGAAAUGAAACAAUUGCAAGAACAAUUGGAAAGUGGCGACAACAGCGGACAACAACAACAGCAGCAAUUUGACUCACCUGCAACCUCUUCUACACAAUGGUCACAACUCAUUGAAAGUCUGGCAACUGACUCUGUCAGUGCUGCCGAUGCAGGUGGCGACUCUUUCUCGCCGCUCAACAAGAGCAUUGGCGAUCUCGGUGAUCUAAAGAAUCUCAACCUCGACGGUAUCUCUUUGAAUUUCAGCGGUGAAACUCCAUUGAUGUCAACGGCCGAGUUGAAACAAACCAUCGAAAUUCUGCCACCUUCAUUCUCGAGCUCGCCACUCAGUGCGUCUGGCUCCAAUCUUUCUUCGUCGCCAAACUACCUCACUGUUUCACCGGGCAUGUUAUCGCCAUCAAAGAGAAGAGAAGGAAACAAUAAUAGCAACAACAAUAACAAUAACAACGCUACUGUCACUCCAUUCUUUAUUGACUCAAAGACAAAUGCUUAUCGCGUCAAAGGACAACUGGAACAGAGUGGCGAUACCGACUUGAAGAAAAAACAACAACAACUAGCUCGUACCAUUACAUUCUCUGACUCUACAUCGAUUCGCUCAUUCUUUGGCUCGUCUUCCAACGAUAAUUUGGAAUCGCCAAUCUCAACGUCGGUCGGUAUCAACUCUGCGUCGCCGUCGCCAUCGGCAUCCACAGCCACAGCCAAUACAAAACAACAACCAAGUCGUCAACUCACCUCGAUAUUCCCAAUACAAUACGACCACUCACCAUCACCAGCGAAAUUCUACUACCCACUGCUGCAACCACAACCCAGCGCUCUCAUCAGAGAAUACGCCAUAAAGGCAGAUGUAAAUACAAAGGGUUUGAAGCGAGCAAAGAAACAGUGUUUAGACAUGGAAGAUGAAUACUUGGGAAUGCAUCCAUUCGGCGACGAUCCUCAAAUGGCAUUGUUCGCAGUGUUUGACGGUCAUUCUGGAAAGAACGUUGCAAUUAAAGCAAAAGAAAUUCUACCAAAUAUUUUAUUAAAAUAUAUUCAAUCAGCAAAGAAUGAAUGUGGAAAACAAAUCUAUGAUAUGAGCGGUGUAUUUUUAGCAACUUUCAAAGAGGUCGAUGCUCAACUGGCGAAAUAUGAAUAUGAAGGUUCCACUGCCACCAUCGUACUUAUUUGGAGAGUUGGACAACAAAGAUUUUUACAAUCUGCAAAUGUUGGUGAUUCUUCUGCUUUCCUAAGUUAUGCUGGUGAGACAUUGGUUUUAACAAAAGAUCAUAGAGUAACAGAUCCCGAAGAACAACAGAGAAUUAGAGAUGAUGGCAUUCAGCUGGGUGAGAAUCAAACUAGAAUCAAUGUUGCCUCCGAUGGUCUUUGGGAUGUAUUCUCUGGUAACAGAGCAAUGGAAAUGAUCAGAACCGAACAAAACACUGAAAAGAUGGCUACUACUCUGCUGAAUUCAUCGCUCAUCUCGAAAAAAUCCAAAGAUAAUAUAUCCAUAAUUGUAACAACCUUGUAA